AUGGAAGAGCUGUCGAAUCGUAUCAACUAUUCACAAGAAGAGAAGCAAUGUGAGCAAUAUUACUCCUCCACUGUAUCCCGUCAAACUGAUGGACGUUAUGUGGUUCGUUUACCACGCAAACAUAAUUUCGAUGAACUGUUGGGACAGUCAAAAACUAUGGCACUGCAUCGUUAUGAACUUCUCGAGCGUAGGCUACUGAAAAGUCCUGAACUGAAGGAAGGAUAUAAUGAAUUUAUGUCAGAAUAUAUCUCUCUCUCUCGAACACAUGCGAUGUAUUCGAAGACAAAUUACCUCCCGCAUCAUCCUGUGACAAAGAAAGAAAGCACGACAAUUAAAUUACGUGUAAUGUUCGAUGCUUCCGCUAAAACCAGCACGGGCUUCUCACUCAACGAAGCACUGUUGGUGGGUCCUGUAAUUCAGGACGAUCUUCUGACAAUCAUCCUUCGGUUUCGGAUACAUCCAGUAGCAGUGGUGGGAGAUAUCGUCAAAAUGUACCGCCAGAUUUUAUUCCAUCACGAGGACACUACCCUCCAGAGAAUCGUGUGGGGCUUCAAACCAACAGAUCCAGUAGAAUGCUAUGAACUUCAGACCGUUACUUACGGGUUAAGCCCCUCAUCCUUCCUAGCAACGCGUACGCUGGAGCAACUAGCAGUGGACGAAGGUCAGUCCCAUCCAAUUGGAGCAUUGCUCUGCGAAAGUCCUACUAUAUGGACGACUUCAUAG